CGAUGACAAUGACCAUCAACCCGAACUUCGCCCUGGUGUCGUCUUCUGGAUACGAUUGGGUAAAAAUUCAUUAGUCAAUUUACAUGGAGCUUACUUUCCUUGGGUUCUUCUUGCAUUUAACGUCAUUGAAUCGGGAAAUGUAUGGCCAACGGCUAUCGGAAUAAUUGCCGGACACAUAUAUUAUUAUUUACAGGAUCUUUACCCCGCUUCUGGUGGACCGAGGUUAUUAAAUACACCACGAUGGUUGUACAAAUACUUUCCACCUUCAUAUAGUGGGGCGAGAACAUCAUUUGGAACUGCCUUUCAAGCGAGAAAUCAGAAUACUACUGGCGAAGGAUCAACGCAUAAAUGGGGUAGAGGACAAAGAUUGGGAUCACAAUAA